CUCUUAAUACUCUCUCUCUCUCUCUCUCUCUCUCUCUCUCUCUGUAACUGAAGCUAAAACCAUGAAGCAAAGCUUUCAUCACAGUGUUCUUCUCCUCUUCCUUCUUUUCCUUUUUCAUUCCUCAAAAUUAUAUGCAAGUACAAUGACAAGCAAAGAAGGAAAAGAGGAGGUGAACCUCAAUGCAAUGACUAGUAGCGAGGACUCUCUUGUGCAAAUGGAGCUAAUGGGUUCAGAGGUCUGUGAAAGUGGGGAUGAAGAAUGCUUCAAGAGAAGAAUAGUCUUAGACGCUCACUUGGACUACAUCUACACCCAGCAUCACAAGCCUUGAUGACUUACGCCUAAAUUCCAUAUAUUCCUGAUCAUGUUUAUAAAAUUCAUCUCUAAAUAGCAAUAUCAUAUUUGAAAGCUAUCAGAACUGGUUUUCAAAGGUUCCUUUCUUCUCUUGAUAAUGUAAUUGUACCUAAGUGCAGCUAAUCUAUUUCCAUAUAUGUA